AUGUCCAUGAAGAACCAGACGUUGGUCAGUGAGAUUGUUCUCUUGGGAUUUCAGAAUCUCCCCAACUUUAAGAUUCCACUGUUCUCUCUGUUCCUUCUGAUUUUCAUUAUGACAGUUUGGGAGAACGUCCUCAUCAUAGUGUUGGUGUCCUCCAGCCGGAACCUCCAGUCCCCCAUGUACUUCUUUCUCCAACAACUGUCAGUGUGUGACCUUCUGGACUCCACUAUUAUUGAACCCAUCUUGCUCCAGACUGUAAUUAGUGAUAAAGUCACAAUAUCCCUCUUUGUAUGUACAACCCAAUUGCACUUUUUGUCUGUUUCAGAAAUUUAUGAGUGUUUCCUUCUAGCAGUAAUGUCCUAUGACAGAUAUGUGGCCAUCUGUAUCCCACUGCGUUACACUUCUAUAAUGUCCCACAGGGUUUGUGUUACAUUAAUAUUUGUUUCAUGGUUGCUUAGCCUCAUUUCCGUACUCAUUAUUGCCAAUAUUAUGGCUACCUUACAGUUCUGUGACCAAAACACGAUUAACCAUUUCUUCUGUGAUUGCUUUCCUCUUCUAGAACUUUCCUGCUCAGAUACAUUUUUAAUGCAGAUAACUAUUACCUUACAGUCUAUCCCUGUGAUUUUCCUUCCCAUUAUACUGAUCAUUGCAUCCUAUAUGUGUAUUGCCCAUGCAAUCCUAAAGAUAGUGUCCAAUACUGGGAGACAAAAAGCCUUCUCCACCUGCAGCUCCCACUUGGCUGUGGUCUACAUGUUUUAUGGGACCCUUAUUGCUAUUUAUGUGGUUCCCCACAGAAAAGAAUCCCAGACCAUAAGCAAAGUUCUGUCUCUGUUAUACACAGUAGUGACCCCAUUGGUCAACCCACUUAUUUACAGUCUGCGAAGUAAAGAUAUCAGAGAAUCCCUUUACCAAUUGACUACACGCAGGUAA